UUGCAACAUCUACCCCUGAUUCCUUUGGGUAUUACGGAGAAAGACUCGAACGCAGAAAAACCACGUUUAUCCAAAAAAAAAUCUCCAGGCCAGGGAAUGAUGACUCCGUCACAGUACUGCAGGCUCACAACUUCUCCACAAUCCUUCUUAUUUACCAUUCUGCCCCCACCUCGAUCUCUUCCUCCGCCUUGUCACAAACCGAACCUCGUUUCGAGUUCCCGAGAAAAACCCAGAUUCUUACCUUCCGUGUGCUUUGCAUCAUCAUCAUCAUCAUCUUCUCCAAUGGCUACUCCGACGCAGAACAGCGAGACCAAACCUUUCUCCGUCCUUUUCGUAUGUCUGGGUAACAUCUGUCGGAGCCCAGCAGCCGAAGGCGUCUUCAGAGACAUCGUCAAAAAGAGAGGCCUCGACUCCAGUUUCAUCAUUGAUUCCGCCGGAACCAUCGAUUAUCACGAGGGGAAUAUGGCAGAUCCAAGGAUGAGAAGCGCUGCGAAACGUCGUGGAGUUGAGAUAACGUCAUUAUCUAGACCGAUAAAGGCAUCUGAUUUCAGGGAGUUUGAUCUCAUUCUCGCCAUGGAUGAGCAGAACAAAGAGGAUAUAUUGGAGGCUUACAAUGUGUGGAAAGCCAGAGGCAAUUACCCACCUGAUGCUGAUAAAAAGGUGAAGCUCAUGUGUUCGUAUUGCAAGAAACACAAUGACAAGGUAGUGCCGGACCCGUAUUAUGGUGGAGCUCAAGGUUUUGAGAAGGUAUUGGACUUGCUUGAAGAUGCAUGUGAAUCGUUGCUAGACAGUAUCACGGCUGAAAAUUGACAUUGCGAAGCUCAAAGUCCUGAUUCCAGACACAAACUAUGUGUGUGUGAUUGAAACUGAUGUUAUUAAAUUUAUAAGACAUCUUCAGUGAUGCCAAACAGCGUGAGAAAUGGGUGUGAAGCUCGAAUCUUGUUGAAUGUUUCUUUAAGAAAAUCUUGUUAGAUCA